AUGCGCGUCUUUGUCACUGGUGCAACCGGCUUCAUCGGCCAAGCCGUUGUCCAGGAGCUUCUCGAUGCCGGCCACACCGUUGUCGGCCUAGCUCGUUCAGAGGCAUCGGCGGCCGCCCUAGAGGCCAAGGGUGUUGAUGUAAUCCAAGGCUCUCUGGAAGAUGUCGAGGCCGUCAAGAAGGGUGCCUCCGAGUCAGACGGUGUCAUCAAUCUCGCUUUCAAUCACGACUUCACCAAAUUCGCGGAGAAUGCCAAGAUCGAGCAUGCGGCUAUCACGGCCAUGGGCGAAGUCCUGGCUGAAUCGAAUCGCCCCAUUGUGCUUGCAUCCGGCACUAUGAUGCUGCCCAAGGGCGAGCUUGUUACUGAGGAUACGGGCCCCGACUUGAACUCCCCCGUGAAUGUUCGCGCAGCGACUGAACAAAAGGUGACCACGCUUGCGGCUCGAGGUGUACGCGCCUCUGCCGUUCGCCUUGCUCCCACAGUCCAUGGAGACAACGAUCACGGGUUCAUUUACUUGAUUACUCAAGUGGCGCGCGCCAAAGGUGAAUCGAUCUACAUUGGCGAGGGGCUUAACCGAUGGCCUGCCGUUCAUCGCCACGAUGCUGCACGCCUCUUCCGCCUCGCACUCGAAAAGGGCGUGGCAGGCACUAGGUAUCACGCGGUGGGCGAGGAAGGUCUGAAAAUGAAGGAUAUUGCGGAGGCCAUUGGCAAAUCGGCCGGGAUUCCAACUUCGUCCAAGACGUCCGAGCAGGCUGCCGCACACUUUGAUGGUGGCUUCAUGGGAUUUGUUGUCGGUGCUGACAAUCCAUCGUCUAGCAAGAAGACUCAGGAGCAGCUUGGCUGGAGCCCUACUGGGCCGACCUUGCUCACUGAUAUUAACGCCGGGGUGUACACUCGAGAAAAAUUGAUUAGCCCCAUCUCUGUCUGA